GGAACACUCGGGAGGAGUCAGCGCCGGCCCCCCGUCCCCUCGCGUCCCUUGUCCCGAGUGCCGUGAGAUAUCUCUGCCAUCUCUACAGGAACUGACUCUAAACAGAGCGUUUGAGUGCCACAGUCACAGUGGAAAUGGUGCGGGACCGCGAGUGAAGGCGCUUGCAAGACCCGCUGUGACUCCGGCCUCACGCCCCUUGGCCACGACGCCCGCCAUUCCCUCCCUGUCGCCAAGCCACCAUGAAUCACGUUCUAGACGACAAAAUCGUCGCCGAGUCCGCCCCCCUCACUUCGUCGUCGCCGCCGCCGCCCUCAGUCACGCCCACAACCACCACCACCUCCGCCUCGCCCACCGAAGGCAGGAGCUAUGUCUUCGGGGCGCUCAGAGGGGCGUCCAGCGUGGACACCGUGGCCAACUUCACCGACUGGUCCUCGCCCAUCACGCCCACCAUGAACGGCCAGCCGCCAGGUGAGUCCCCCCUCUUGCCUAUCGCGCCUCUGGCCAGGUUGCCAGGUAGCCGUGUCCUCUUGUCCUUUUGCCAUACACGGACGGCACGGACGCUGAGUUGCUGA